GUUUCCUAGGAUGGAGUUCGUUUAUUCGUAGUCAAGGCUCAGUGUUCGCCGGCGGCUGGCCCAAAUAAUAGUCUACGGAAGGAGAGAUCCCUAGGUUCCCAGUAACCACGUUACAUCGUCUGUCUUGAGGCUAACAUACUAAGAGUUCCAUAUGGCAAUUAUAAGUACCGAAGUACCCGAUAUCCUGGGGCAUAUAUAAUUGACCUGUUGUCCGCUGUAUGUUGCCGUGCAAUUCUCAAGCUGAUCUAUUUCACUGUUCAAGUGUCCCGAGAGAUAGACUUGCCUAAUAUGAAGGUGAUUGGUGCUGGGCUGUUUGCCCUCCUGGGCACCGCCUCAGCUAUUGUUUCCCUCUAUGGCCAAUGUGGUGGCAUAGGCUAUACGGGAGAGACUACAUGCGUGUCUGGAGCCACCUGCCAGUACCAAAAUGACUACUAUUCGCAGUGCCUGGCGAGUACUGGCUCAACAACGUUGACCACAACUACUAGAGCCUCGACAACUAGGGCUACAACAACUACUAGGACGACAACCAGAGGCAGUAACCCGACUUCUACAUCAUUCGCAUCAACCAAUGGUUUGAGGUUUCAAAUCGACGGCAAGACGGGUUACUUCGCAGGUACAAACUCGUACUGGAUCGGGUUUUUGACGAACAACGCCGACAUCGACAAGGCACUUGAUGCUUUAGUAGACUCUGGUCUGAAGAUCCUGCGCGUCUGGGGAUUCAACGACGUGACAACGACUCCGUCACCUGGCACCGUCUGGUUCCAGAAGCUAUCAUCCUCCGGCUCUACGAUCAACACAGGUGCCGACGGACUUCAACGGCUUGAUUAUGUCGUUUCGGCUGCUGAAAAGAGGGGUAUCAAGUUGAUCAUCAACUUUGUGAAUAACUGGAGCGACUAUGGCGGCAUCCCUGCUUACGUCAGGGCCUUCGGCGGCUCCGAAACGAGCUGGUUCACAAACACCGCGGCCCAAACACAAUACAAGAAAUACAUCAAUGCCGUAGUAUCGCGAUACUCAUCCUCGCUCGCCGUGUUCGCCUGGGAGCUCGCCAACGAGCCCCGCUGCAAAGGCUGUGCGACCUCGGUCAUUACGAAAUGGGCCACCGAGAUAUCGGCGUACAUCAAGUCUCUCGACUCAAAGCACAUGGUAACGCUCGGCGACGAGGGGUUCGGUCUGAAGAGCAACUCCGACGGAAGCUAUCCCUUCCAGUACAGCGAGGGUGUCGACUUCGAGGCCAAUCUAAAGAUCUCCACUCUCGACUUCGGAACAUUCCAUCUUUACCCCAGCUCUUGGGGUACUUCGACCAACUGGGGGAAUCUCUGGAUCACAGCCCACGCUGCCGCGUGUAAAGCUGCUGGGAAGCCGUGCCUGUUUGAAGAGUAUGGAUACACGUCCAAUCACUGCGCAAUCGAAGCCCCGUGGCAGAAAACCGCCCUGUCUCAUGCUUCCGACGGUGUAUCUGCCGAUUUGUUCUGGCAGCUUGGUACAACCCUCAGUACCGGCCAGACGCACAAUGACGGGCAUACAAUCUAUACAGGUUCUAAUGAUUGGACUUGCCUGGUAACGGAUCAUGUUGCGGCGAUCGGGUAGGCUGUUAUUCGGGAUCUCGUUUCGAACUGCCUAGUUUGAGGCACGCUAUAGCAUGGUUUCUAGCAACUCUUCUGAUAACUGCGUUGCGCUCAACAAUAGGUUCAUCUAUAGCAUAGCUGAUAAUUAUUGUGAUUAAGGAAAUAACCC